CACAAGAAAAAGAACCCAUAAAAGAAACAAGAACAACCGGAUCCCUCUCGGAAGGCCCCAAACCCUCUUCCCUUCUCCUCCUCCUCCUCAAAUCUUGACCUUUCGAACCUCUGCAUCUCAGAUCCGUGAUCCCUCGAGGAGGAUCCCUAGGUCUUGGCCUGCGUGGGUCCUGCGGGAGGAGCUCCUCCCCGCGUUUCUUGGCUCGGCGAUUUUGGCUUGCCGACGGAUCUCGAUCCGCCGUGAUCCUUCUGGGACCGGAGUCUCUGCCGUGGAAGAGAUGCCUGUGGCGGCAUCGGCCAUAUACUUCUUGAAUCUCCGCGGCGAUGUGCUCAUCAAUCGCCUCUACCGCGACGAUGUUGGUGGCAAUAUGGUGGAUGCAUUUCGGAUGCAUAUAAUGCAGACAAAAGAACUAGGUACUUGCCCUGUUCGGCAAAUUGGAGGCUGCUCUUUUCUUUACAUGAGAAUUAGCAAUGUGUACAUUGUGAUCGUCGUUAGCAGCAAUGCCAAUGUUGCCUGUGCAUUCAAGUUUGUCGUCGAGGCUGUUGCAUUAUUUAAAUCGUAUUUUGGUGGUGCAUUUGAUGAAGAUGCCAUUAGGAAUAACUUCGUUUUAAUUUAUGAGCUUCUUGAUGAGAUUAUGGAUUUUGGGUACCCUCAAAAUCUUUCACCUGAAAUUUUGAAGCUUUACAUAACUCAGGAAGGUGUUCGGUCACCAUUCUCCUCCAAGCCCUCAGACAAGCCCGUUCCCAAUGCAACUCUACAAGUUACAGGUGCCGUUGGUUGGCGACGUGAGGGUCUUGUAUAUAAAAAGAAUGAGGUCUUUCUGGACAUCGUCGAAAGUGUUAAUCUUCUUAUGUCCUCCAAAGGAAGUGUUCUACGUUGUGAUGUGACGGGAAAGAUUCUCAUGAAAUGCUUCCUCUCUGGGAUGCCUGAUCUAAAGCUAGGCUUAAAUGAUAAGAUUGGUCUUGAAAAGGAGUCACAACUCAAAUCCAGACCUAUAAAAAGUGGGAAAACCAUAGAACUUGAUGAUGUCACUUUCCACCAAUGUGUAAACUUGACGAGGUUCAACUCAGAAAAGACUGUCAGUUUUGUGCCGCCUGAUGGUGAAUUUGAACUGAUGAAGUAUCGCAUAACUGAGGGUGUAAAUCUACCAUUUCGUGUGUUGCCAACAAUCAAGGAAUUAGGUAGAACAAGGAUGGAAGUAAACGUCAAGGUUAAAAGCGUCUUUGGUGCAAAAAUGUUCGCGCUUGGUGUUGUGGUAAAAGUUCCAGUUCCUAAGCAAACUGCAAAAACAAGUUUCCAAGUGACAUCUGGUCGGGCCAAAUAUAAUGCUUCCAUAGACUGCUUGGUGUGGAAGAUUAGAAAAUUUCCGGGGCAAACUGAGUCAACCAUGAGUGCAGAGGUUGAGUUGAUUUCGACAAUGGCAGAAAAGAAAUCAUGGACCCGGCCACCUAUUCAAAUGGAAUUCCAGGUUCCAAUGUUCACCGCAUCAGGUCUACGUGUCCGCUUUCUCAAGGUGUGGGAGAAGAGCGGGUACAACACAGUAGAAUGGGUUCGUUACAUUACAAAAGCUGGAUCAUAUGAGAUAAGAUGCUAGUUCAUGAUCUGAUUCCAAACAGGUAUUAGCACAUAUUACGCAGGGUGUGAGGUGUGUUGUUUCCAGUGGAUCAAUCUCCGACCAUGAGUGCAGUGAAAUUGUUUAAUGAAUUCGUAAUUGAAUGAUCGUCUGUGCGUUUAUAGAAAAAAGUUGUUCUUUGAGGUCUCCUUUCUAGUUGAUUGUCAGAUGUGUUUGUUGUAACAGCAUUGAUUCCAGUUUAUUAGAAAUAUUUGUUUUUAGUCAA